AGUACGGUGUGUCGCCGCUAGGAUACCGGUGAAAUGCGUCACACAGCGCUUGACUUCUAUAACAAGUGCUACUGAACCAAAACAAACGAUUUCAAGGUCGCGCAGCAGCCAGCUGAUUCAGUGCUGGCCAUUGUGCAUCGCCAGCUGCGAGAAGACAGCGUCUGCUCCAGAAAAAUGACAUCUCCGAAACAAGUGCUGAAGAGCGUGGGCCCGAAGCUGGUGCCGUUCUUCAAGACGGUGGCCAUCUACUUCGUGCUGUUCAUCCCGGUGGAGCGGCCGUCGUGGGCGGCCACACUCGUCAAGUGCCUGCCCAUCGUCUGCCUCAUCGGCUUCGUCCUGCUGCACGGCAUCAGCCUCGGCGAUGAGUACACGUUCUCCCGGCGCAUCCUGACUGGUCUGGCGUUUUCCUGCCUGGGGGACGCGCUGCUGGUGUGGCCCCACUACUUCCUGCACGGCAUGGCAGCCUUCGGCGUGGCGCAGCUUAUGUACACUGCAGCAUUCGGCUUCAAACCACUCAACGUCCAGCUGGGCGCUGCUCUUUACGCCCUGUGCGCAACUGCUGUAGUAAUUUUGAUGCCUGGUCUGAGUGGUGUCUUGAUGAUUGGAGUUCCCAUCUACAGCAUUCUGUUGGUUACAAUGGCAUGGAGAGCCAUUGCUAGAGUACAGUUCUUUGAGGAGCUUUGGACUUGGACAAAAUUAUGCUCAUGUGCUGGGGGCAUUGUAUUUGCUAUUUCUGAUGCACUGAUUGGAUUCCAUCACUUUCACCAUCCAAUUCCACAUUCUCAGGCCUUGAUAAUGAUUACGUAUUAUGCAGCUCAGCUGGGAAUAGCUCUCAGUGUUGUAGAUUCGAAGGACAGUUAUGAUAAAACUAAGACUAUUACUUCAAGUGAACCAGCAAAUACAAAAAUCAGGAUAGCAAUUCCACAGAGCUCAUCAUCUCACUGAUAGUAGGUAGUGGACUAACUGGUGGAGCAAUGUGAAACUCUGCAGAUGCUGAGCUUCAACAGCAGAUUACAAUAUCCGUGGAUAAUUACUUGAAGAGAUCUGUCAGAAGAUUCCUUUUUAAAUGUGAUGUUUACACAUUUUGAAAGGAAAAACUGAAGAAAUUUCAUUGUAACCAGUUUAUUUAUUUACUCUUAGAGAGUGUUUAAUGUCUUUCUUUAGUAAAUGGUGUUGUUCAUUAUACACACAUUUUUAAGUAAUUUUAUAAUUGUAUAAGGCAUUUGAAUCCUGUAAAAUGUAGUUCAUGUUUUUACGGUAUGGUAGAGUAGUAUUAGGAAAAUUCAUGAGAAAAUUCAUAAAAAAGUGGCAUCAAAGGUGCAGUUGCCUUAAAUAAACAACAUAUUGCACAAUGAAUAAUUAUUGUGCAAAAAAUUAGAAAAUGAAGACUGUGGUACAAUUUAAAUUUGUCUUAUUUAAAAAAUGAGAGGUACUAGAUAAUUAAUGGAACUGAACUGAAAAAAAUUUGGACAUUACAAUAAGUCAUGUUAUAGGCGUCCAUGUCUUUAGAACAUGAUAUUUUAUUAUGAAGUACUGUGCUUGCAAAUAAUAAUACCCAAACUAGCUUUGUUACUGCACUUUCUCUUUGUUUUUCACACUGCGUCCACAACUGUACUUAAGUUUUUUGAAUUUGUAAGCACAGUUUUGUGCAUUGUAUCAUGCUCUCAUGGAAAACUGGCAGAAUCCAACAGAUCAAAGAGUAUGAACUGAUUUCUAAAUUGGUUUUGUACUCCAUAGUGCAAUACAGGUUUAUAUAUGCGAUGUCUGUCCUUUUGGUCAUGUCCAAAAGAGGAGGCACCAGUUUGAUCCUGCAGCCACCAUGAAUCAAGAGACAAAGAAAUUAGAUAUGAUUUAUAUCAAUGAGGCAAACUGUAAAUUUGUGCCGUACUGGAAUUCAAACCUGUUUCUCCUGAUUUCUAAGAAGAUGCACUGACCACUAUGCCAUCUGGACACAGUGGUUGUCACAGCUGCAUGUACUGCUGUAGCAUGCAUUCUGUGACACCUAAAUUCUCAAGGAUCAAUAGUGUGUGGUACAAGUUGAGAAUUUGGGUGUGAUGGGAGGCAUGAUAGGAUAUUCCAUGCAGUUAUGGUAGCCACUGUGUCCAGAUGACAUAGUGGUCAUCACAUCUGCUUAGUAAGUAGGAGACCUGAAUUUGAAUCUCUUUGUGGCACAAAUGUUCAACUUGCCCCACUGAUAUAAUUUCAUGCCACUGGGAGCUAAUGUCUUUAAUCCUUUUGUGCCUCAAUACAGGUUUAUUAGAAAACUGUCUUCAUUUAUCAGGCUGUGCUAGAGAUAACCAGUGCGGUAAUGAAUCCUUCCAGUGAAAAUUCACACAGUUUUAAAAUCGUUUGUGCAUUUUUUUCUGUUAUUAUUUUAUCUCAUUGGUGUGAUUGAAAAUAGUAAAAAAUGGUUACUCACACUUUUAGUAUGACAAGCAGUAGGAAAAGUUAAUGAAUGCGAACAGAUGUGUAAGUCACUGUAUUAAAAAAUAAUCGAUUUAAUUUGAAGAAAAUAAUCGUAGAGUUAGAAGUGACAAUUUCUUGAAUAUCAUGAAACUUAUUUUACAAUGAGAUGCACAGUUAUUAUCCCAGUUUUGAGAUGAUCUGCUUUAAAUUACUUGACAGACAUUUUUUGUAAGCAAAAUGAAGUUUUUGUGUGUUUUUGAUUUUUGUUUUACAUUGGCAGGUAUACCAAAGAAUGGAGUUACAUUGAAAGUUCCGCUUUUUUUUACAUGUUUCAUAAUGAUUUGUACUUCAUUUUCUUCCAAAAAUUUUCAAGUUUGUUGACUUCUACAUUCCAUAUGAUGAAGUGGAUUUGUUCACUUUCGCAUUCUAUAAGGUGAAGUGCAAAAAUGUAAUGUGGGUGAGAUUAAGUCAAUAUGUAAGACAUCUUCUGGCAGAGAUAAAUAACAAAUCAAUUUUUAGACUAAAAUACGCAAGUAAAGUCAUUGCCAUUGCAUGUGUUACAAUUGUACUCAAUAAUUGUUGUUAUACAGCACAGAUACUUCAGACUUUUACAUUAUUUACUUUUGAUAGGAACUGAACAACUCCGUAUCAAACACAUUACAGAGCUUCUUGAAGUACUUGAACCCACCUAGAAUGUACAAUUUAAAAAAAGUCUCAUUUACAUGAAAUAAAAAGCAUAUCAAAUGUAUGUGAUACAAUAUUAGACUGUGUAAAAUUAGAAUUUUGAUAUUUUAUUCAUCUGAGUACUAUAUAACAAAUUUUUAAAUGCCCAUGUGCAAACAUCACAUUCAGAAAUGAAAUAGUAGGCAUAUACGUAUAAUCUGUCCUAUGUAACUCAAAAUUAUUAUUUUUUACUUGCUUGUGUACUAUGUUUAAAGUUACCUACGAUAUGUAACUUUAGAGUUGGCUUUAAUACUUUGCAUACAUUGAUAUCCCCAGUGUCUUACCAUGCAGAGAAAUUGUUUCAGAAAAUAAAUAGUUAAAUUUGUGAAGUGCACUCACCAUUGGUGGAAAGAAGGGGCAGGGGGAAUGAAUAAAUCAACACAAAAUAAUUUUGUUGUAAAAACAUUGUGAUUUCGUAAAUGUAGUGUUCACUAAUAACUCUGUAAUAUUUGUGAGCUAUAAAUAGUAGCAUUGUCAUUUCAUAAUAUUUAAUGUAAUAUUGUUGGAAACAUGUUUAGACACUGAGUUUCAGCCCAAGCAAGCAAAACAAUAGCUAUGGAUGUACCAAAGAAACUCUCAUGGAAUUCAUCUGUGGAAAUAUUAGAAAAAUGUAGACAAGAAUGAGCACAUUGAGAUAUAUUUCAUAACAACUGUAGUGUUUCUUCAUUAAAAUUUUAAACUCACUAUAUUAAAAAAGUUUAAUGAUAUAUUAGAUGCUCUACAGAAUUGUACUUAGGCAGAUUUUAAAACGAAGUUGAUGAUAAAAUAGGCGAAUAUCAGGCAGGUUUCCACAAAGGAAGCUAUUUUUUCAAGCAAAUUUUCUACCACAACUAAUAAAUCACAUUAAAUGAUGCCAGAACAAGACUAUGCAUAUGUAAUUAUUUUCAGUGAGUUUCAAAAAGCAUACACUUCUGUAAGCAGAUUAGUUUAAAUCAUAUGGUCCCUUACAGAUAUUUAGUCCACAGCCAGGUUUCUCAGUAAAUUUUCCAAGCGCACAAAUUAAGUGCUAUGCUUUGGCAGAUGACCUAGCUAUUUUUGUGAAAGAGUGUAAAUUCAGUACUUAUUUAAAUGUUUUGGGGAAAACUUCAGUGUGAAAGCAGAAAUUCUCAAAUCCAAAAGAAAGCGCAUGAUCAGCAUCUCCUGUGUGUUCCAGUCACAAAAAAUUUUGAAAAAAGAUACCCAUUUCAGAAUUUUAAAUACCUCCAAUAAGUAAUUCAAAUGAAAGGAACUGACUAAAAAUGCAGAUAAUACCAGAACCAGAAAGCUUCACAUUACAUAUUAACUUUGCAGGACACUUCUGCAGGUUUCAAGAAAAUUUGAAUGUAGUAAAUGCCAAGAAACUUUCACACUGGAAAUGAGACAACAGUGUGAAAGGAAGGGAGAAAAAUAUCAGAAAGAAAGAUGAACAAAUACCAAUUCUUCCAAUAAGGCAUUAAUUAUUAUUAUUUUACACGGUCCAGUUCUUGUCUUAAUCAAAUGAAGAAGACGUCAAAUAUCCCUAGUUGUCAAAUUUACUUGGCACAUAUAUAGACAGAUUGAAUUGAACACUCUUGUGCUCAUUAUUUUAUUCUGUCAUUCUCAUUCUUAAUUUCAUUCUUCCUGCUCUCUGAUGAACUUCACAUGUUGUCCUUUGGGUUACUCUUUAUAUCUGAAAGUAAGCAAGCCAUUAUAAGGUGUGAGUAAACAUUGUCAUAAGGUGUGUGGUCAGAGCAGUUAAUUUUCACUUUCCUAAUAUUAUGCAGUUCUGCUGAAGGUUGCUAUUUUUUCCACUGGAAUGAAGAAAUUUAGUGCCUUUUCUUCUUCUUUUUAACAUAUAAUAUCAUCAUAUUUUACCCUGAAUAGAUGAUAGUCAGAACAUUUCCAGAAAUAUAUUGGAAACUUUUAUCUUUGCUGGUGAAACUAUCCAUCAUUUUGUUUCUGCAGAUUGUAAGUUAAAUUUUGUGAAGACAUAAUUCCAGCUCUCCAGUUUUCUGAUACUGAAUCUCUUGUUUGUUCCUUUACUACAAACUCUUCCUGAACUUGAGAACUAGGCAGUCUAACGGAUAGCAUUCUUUGAGCCAUUACUAUGACAGGCAGUAGAGAAAACAAGUCACUCUUUCUUUUUGUUAAUCUGUAUCUAUUUAUACACAACUGCAGAAUGUAUGAAAAAAUAUUUUUACUUUGGCAGUUGAAUUUUUUCCAGGCCAUGAUAGUUAGAAAACCAUCUAAACAAUCUCAAGUAUAUAAAUCUAUCACUGUUAAGUUCUUCACAUGUAUAGAUUGUUACCCUAUACGUGUAGUGGAUAUAAGCUGUGCUUUUCAUACAAUUAUGUUGAUUUUUUCUAGUUUAAUUUCUCCUCAGGUGCAGAAUUGGGUUUAAUAAAGCUGACUGCAGUAUAUAAACAUUGUUGCAACUGUUAGCUGUUGGGAGCAGAACACUUGUUGGCAAAUUGAUACAAAGUAUAAGAAAGAAAGUUGUGAAAAGUUGAGUUCCUCUUAAAGCUGAAAUAAUAGAUGUUGGCCCAAAUGUAUAUAUUCAUUUUACUUUCUAUCAUAUUAGAUCCCAAAGAAAGUUACUGUGGUUUCAUUAUUUCUGUUUUUCAGUGUCAGAAAGUGGACUGUGACACAAAUUAUUGAUCUGUUGUUUCUGUAGCUACUGUCAUCUCAUACUUGAAGACUUAAAUGGAUAACAGCUUAUUCAGUAAGAAUCUCUUUGUAAUUGUAUGCAUUGGUUCUGAAGAGUUUCACUGAAUGAAUAUUUUAUUUGACUCUAUGGUUAAAAUAAAAUGAAGAGAAGGUCUGUUACAAAAAAGCAGUGUUGUCAGUCAGUUACACAUAUGUAAGCAAGUGAAAUAAUGACUGUCUAUACUAAGACAACAUUUUAAAUAGUAUUCAGAAGAGCAAAUAAUUUCAACAGUUAAACUGCAUAAAUAUGUUGGUCUUUCUAUCUGCCAGGAAGUUUUCUACCUUCUAUCCUUUUUGUUGUGAAUUAUGUUCCACGAUUUUCGCAUUGUUUAAGUUUCAUUUGCAUCUGAACUAGUAAUUAAAUUUUUUUUCCAAAAUAUAUAGAUAUAAUAUUAAGAAAAUGACUUGUAUUUAGAUACUAAUAAUACUAUCUCAUAAAUUUACCUACUUAAUAUGUAUAGAAUAACAGAGAGCAACCUUUACUUCCCCCUCCCCCCGUCAUUACAUGUGCAAAGAAGGUAUUACUAUUUACAGUAUUGACUUAAUCAGUACCCAAACCAAAUUAUUAAUUAUUCUCUCAAUCUAAUAUAGAUAAAAGUAUGAGGUACUUUAACAUAAUCACCGUGUGAAAUAUGGAAGGAAUGUACACUAUUUAGAUGCCAAUUCAGCAUUACAGUGCCCAUUACUAUGUAGCAAACAAAAUAUUAUCCAAUUACUGCUAAAUGCAGCUGUACCUUUGAUAAUGUUGUCUCUAAAGUCAUUGAGAUUAUUAAAAGUUUGCAUAUUCCAUUACCCACAUACUCACAUGUCAUAGUAAAAGUCUUCCCAUUGUUUCUGUAAAUUUCUUGAGCAUAUCCUAUAAAAUGUUUACUCAGUAGAUUCACUGAAAUGCGUUUUACAAUAUUUAAUGAACUGAAGUUCUUAUUGUACAACUGUACUUCAUCUAUGAAAAGCAAUAUUCAUAUUACUAGAAUGAAACAUCCCAGGGCAACAUGUUCUGUGUGUUGCUUGAGGAUUUUUUAAAGAAUUCAUUAACUUGUAUAACUUUUUCAAAUAAAUAUAUAUGAUAACUGAAAAAGAGGGUAGGGAAUGACAUAUUAUGUGACAGGCAAUUCAGUCAAACAUUUUAUUAUGUUAAUAUUCUAUUAAUCAAAUGUUACUAUAUCUGACCAUGUAAACCAGAGCUUUAAGUGAAAAUGCGCUUUAACUUGUCUAUGGUUACUCCCCACAUGAAAAACUAGAGUUAAAAUUUAGAGGUUUGGGUAAACUUAUUUUUUGUUGCUAAAGCAGAUAUAGUAACAUACACUGUGAAAUAUUCAUGGUGUAUGAGGCAAAUUUUUUUAAAUGUCAGAUUCCAUUUGGAUUAACAUUAGAACAUAGGACUUCAAAGUAGUUAGGCCCUACUAACUUUCAGUACAUGGGUCCAUUUAUAAGCAGUAGUAUUACAGAAUGUCAUUACAAAUAAACUGAGAAGUAUUUGAAGAAUGUGACAGGGGCACUUUACAUUGGGCAGGUGGUUUUAAAUUAUUUCCUAAAACAACUUUUUAAUCUUCAGCUCAUAUUGCAGCAUAUAUCGAUCAUCUGUUUUUGGUGUCAACAAUAAUAAUACAUAAAUUUAGUCUGAAAUAACUUGAACACACCUGUGGCCUGCAGUAACUGACCAGUGUAUGAUAUUAAAAUUUAAAUGGGGAUAGAAGAUGAAGAGAUGGCAACCAUAAUGUGGAAAUAGUAGUAUUUGCACUCUUACAGCAGCUCUUUUGAGAUGAAGUAAUGACACAUUUUAUUUUGCAUAUAUGCCUCUUUCAAAUAAAAUAAGAAUUAUUCUGUUAAUGCUAAUGACAGUUUCUCUGUGUCUUUUAAAUGAAUGGAUAAGAGAAGCCAAAUUAUUCUUUUGUACAUGUGAGCUUCAGUUCCUUGAAUUCUAAAUAAUGGCCUUUUCUCUUAUGUCUAAUGAAAUAAUUUUGGAGGACAGUGUAAGUUGUCUAUAGUGAAUAGUAAAGCUGUCUGUAACUUGUGCAAAUUGCUGACUCUUGUUUCAGUUUCCUAAAUAUCUAUUGUAGAUACUUUUCAAACCAUAGUGUAGUUUGCACUGAUAUUUUUAAUUGUUGGAUUUAUCUUCCUGUUUAAAGGAAUGGUAUUUUAAAAUUAUUGUCAUAUGAAACGUGUAUAUCAUUGUUGAUAAAUAAUAAAAUAAUUUUAUUUACUUUGA